AGAGCACUCGCUCCGCACAUCGGACGAUUCCUCUGUUGCCUAGUGCAGGGUGUUCAUGGCGCAUUUCCAUUUCUGAAAACCCGUGUCCAAUCUCGCGUCGCCCAUAAUCGCAAGCGCUUACACCUGACACCAUGUCGACUCCGCGCGUGCCUCUGAUCUUUGGCACGAUGACCAUAUCCCGUCCGGGCACGAACGGCUGUCGUAUUGGUGACAAGAAGGAGGCACAGGAGAUCAUUGACACGUACAGCAAAUAUGGGAACGAGCUUGAUACUGCGCGCAUGUAUGGAGAGGGUACGACGGAGGAAUAUCUCGCCGACCUAGAUACGCAUGGUGAUGCCAUCGACACCAAAGUCUAUCCCGUCCAGGCGGGCGAUCACUCGCCCGCCAAGUUGCGUGCGACUUUCGAAAAGUCGCUGGCAGCAUUGAAGGUGUCGUGCGUUCGCACACUGUACCUACACGCGCCGGACCGUUCCGUGCCGUUCGAUGAGACGUGCGCGGAGGUGGACAAGUUGCACAGUGAGGGCAAGUUCCAGCAGUUUGGCCUGAGCAACUUUGCCGCGUGGGAGGUCGCCGAGGUCGUUGGAAUUUGUAAGGCCAAGGGGUACAUUCAGCCGACCAUCUAUCAAUCAAUGUAUAACGCCAUCACCCGCUCGGCUGAAGAGGAGCUCUUUCCAGCUUGCCGCAAGUACGGACUGAGGGUUGUAGUAUACAACCCCAUCGCCGGAGGGUUUUUCGCCGGCAAGCUUGUCUCCGAGUCAUCUGUGCCGGAACCAGGCUCACGCUUCGACCCUUCUAGCCAGAUGGGUACGAUGUACCGCGCGCGAUACGUCAAAGGAGGCUACUUUGCCGCGCUCGAGCACCUCAAGCCCGUCACGGAGAAGCACGCACUGCGCUUGACGGAGCUCGCGUUGAGGUGGCUGCAGCAUCACUCGAAGCUCACGGAGAAGGACGGCGUCAUACUUGGCGCGAGCUCCAAUGCUCAGCUCGAGCAGAAUUGCCAAGACAGCCUGAAAGGGCCCCUGCCGGAAGAAGUGGUGCAGGCGCUGGACGAAGCGUGGAUGAUAGUCAAGCCACAUGCGCCCAUGUACUGGCGCUAGACGCGGCGUGGCCGUAAUGGUGAAGGUGGAAGAUGCAAUAUCAUUUCGUGACCCGCUUGUCCGCCGAAGUGGAGCGCGCACUGUCAAAACUUUCAUGCUGCUUGACGCUUGCACGCGCGUGCUCCC